GUGUGGACAAACUUCUUUCGUUGCUGCUGUCCGAGACGAAGACUGCCUUUAGUUGGGCUCAACGUAUCCAGAGAAGCUCCGGUCUUGUUGUCUUUUCUGAGUUGUCCAUUCCAUAACUCCGGAGGGGUUUCUAUCCAAUACGAAUUAUCAAACGCUAUUCAGUGCCGGUUCAACAAUCGACAGGUUAACUCGUACGCAUACCGACUUCGCAAGAACUUAAGAGAAAAUAGUUAAGUACGUUCAACCUGUUGUGAACUCGAUUCCCUAAUUUAUCAUCUUAAUAAAGCUGCAUAAUUAGCAUCUUACGUGGACCGACAGUGAACAUCUUCUGUAGCGUAGUUCAGUACAUCAACGGUACCUCGUAAUUUUGCCGACUCGUAUAAGUUAACAUCUUUUUUCCUCUCUCUAAUCUCAAACUUAGUUUCAAGUGUUUUUUAAUUAUAACACUUUACAACACUAAACGACGUAUAAUAGAUUCAUAAAAUUAUAUCAAAUGCGGAAGAUUUCUAAGUGAAAAGUGUCGUAAUUGUUGUCUUUUUGUGUCGUUCCUUAUGUUUUGAAGUUUUUGCGACGGGUGCUCUUUUCUCCGAAGUGAAUCACGCAAGAAAAUUUAAGUAAAAUAUAGUUUUGGUGCGUUUAUAUUCGAAUCAGUUGAGAGUGCUUCCAAAGUCAGUAAUAUAACGCGUAUAAUCAACAUUGCUCAUCAGCGCAAUACUCGAGACGUGAUAUUUUAAAAUUACGAAUGACUCAAUAAGCUGACUAAGGAUGGUACUAGUUUUAAACGGAGUCCUUCAGGACGAAUGUCCUAUGGACACAAACACACUCUUUCUACAGCAUCCCGUGUAUAGAGACUAUGCUUCACAAUUGCUGCAGAUACCAACAAAAGCAGUUGGUCCUGUAGGUCUUUUAUAUGUCGGCCAACGAGAAUUAGCCGCCGUUGCUCCACAUGAUAAAAAUGUUAACAUAAUCGGAUCAGAUGAUGCAACUACGUGCAUCAUUGUAAUCGUUCGGCAUUCAGGAUCUGGUGCUGUUGCUUUAGCCCAUUUUGAUGGCACGGGAAUUGAUGAAGCCGUUUCAGCUAUGAUUGCUCGUGUUCAAGAAUUAGCUUUAGGAUAUCCCGAAGGAAGAAUCGAAUUACAAUUGGUCGGAGGAUAUAAAGAUCAACAGGGCUAUGCUGAAGAUAUAUUUUAUUCAAUUAUGCAAUCAUUUCACAAGCAUCAUCUCGAAAUAGACCUAACACAAGCUUGCGUCGGCGAAUUGAACACAAUUCAACGAGGUGAAAUCAAUUGGCCAAUUAUCUAUGGUGUGGGUGUCAAUAUUAAGACAGGCGAAAUAUUCCCGGCCACAUUCCCAGAUAAAGGACCAGAUUUACAAUUACGUCUAGCAAGGAAUUUCACCGGUGGACAAAGUGGGCAAUCGGUAUUAGAUAUAUACGAUUCAUCACUUGGAAUGCUUAGGAUUGGACCAUUCAAUUACGACCCAUUGAGAGGUGUCGAUUUGUGGCUAGCACAAAGCGACGAAUUCCUCUUGCAACAUUUGUCAACUAGUCCGGAAGUGGAGCCACCACACUUCGCUAUGCAAGUUCGCUUGACACUAAAAUACAUACAGGACAAUCAAUUCCCAGCCAUCACCGUAUUCCGAGAUAAUCGCCCGCAUUACUACCGGCGUGACGAGACAACAGGUUGUUGGCAACCAGUACGUUACUAAGAGUGAGAGUAAGAAACGAUGACUAGACAAACAAGUGAUAAUGUUCCAGCUUCUUAUUUCCUCCAGACUUCGCGCCCAAUAUAACUCAAAGUAAACGGACAUUCAAUUAGUAGUUAGGCAAUUCAUAUACGCAAUGAAGAACGAUCUUAAAUUUAACACAAGAAUAGAUGUUAAUCUUAUGCUUCGGUUUUGAAACCAUAUCACAUAUUUAUAAUUCUAACUAAAUCUUUAUUUGUGCUGUUUUCAGAAGCUUCUAUAUUUUUUAUUUCUCUUCAAAGUACUCUCUAUUCUCAAUACGUAAAAGGCCUGUAAAUAUCCAACAAUGGCAACGCAAAUUCAUUUACACAAUUUCCUGUAAUCAAUUAUCCAUUUCAGCCUCACUUUCCAUCUUUGUUUUUGUUGAACGCUUAAAAAUUUCUCAAACAUGCUUCAAGCAAGAAUAUGUACAUAAUCUCUAAUUGAAAUUGAAGCACUUCAUUUUCAUCUGAUAGUACUGUUGUUAGCAUAGCAAAUACGAAUUUAAUUUAAAUCAAAUUAUUAAAAAAUCAGUUAUUGAUAACGAUAAUAGAAAACAUGGGAAUAAAUGUUAUUUUUAUCAUA